GGGAGAUGUCCGGGCGAGGCAAACAGGGAGGCAAAGCGCGCGCGAAAGCAAAGUCGCGCUCGUCGCGCGCGGGCUUGCAGUUUCCUGUCGGUCGAGUGCACCGGCUGCUACGGAAAGGUAACUAUUCUGAGCGUGUGGGUGCUGGCGCGCCUGUGUAUCUAGCAGCCGUGCUGGAGUACCUGACGGCUGAGAUCUUGGAGCUGGCGGGCAACGCGGCGCGCGACAACAAGAAGACUCGCAUUAUCCCGCGCCACCUGCAGUUGGCUAUCCGCAACGACGAAGAGCUUAAUAAGCUGUUGGGCCGCGUGACCAUCGCGCAGGGCGGCGUCCUGCCCAACAUCCAGGCCGUGUUGCUGCCCAAGAAGACGGAGAGCCACCACAAGGCCAAGGGCAAGUGAGGCCGCGGAGGCGGGCCGGAAACGGCCGUGCGCCCCGGGGGCCCCGUGACACCAAAGGCUCUUUUCAGAGCCACCCAUAUUCUCUAGAAAAGAGCCGCACUGGUCGAGGGCUGUGUCUUUUUGAGCGUGUUCCUGUGCGAACCUGCGCAAGACAGGGCUCGCGGGAAACCGACCCCGAGGCAUGAUUUGGGUGCGCCUAGGGGCACAGUGGGCUCCGUGUUAAUUUUGUGCGGGGGAUGCCGUCUGACACUCGGCCGUUUUGAGUUUUACCACCACCAAGUUCAUGGGGUUUCAUUCCCACUCAUCCUGAAGGUGUUUUUGUUAUUACUGGUGACAAGCUACUUUGGUUCCGGAAAGUGUCAUCACUCUGAGAUUUAGACACCAAAUACGUAGUUUUUUUUAUCCCAGGGGAAAUCUGGUAGAUCUGGUAUUGAAAGUGUUUAAUCUUGAAAGAAACUUUACCAUUUGAGGUUCUGAUACGUCAACAUGAUUUCCAUUUUAAAAUGUAUGAAUGCAUGACUUAGUUUUUUAGAGAACAUGCGAUCAGAAUUGUAUAAUGUACUGGGAAUUCUAAGGUCUUGGGAAGGGUUUGAUAGCAUUUGAAAAUGUCAAAUUAUAUUUCGAAAGUAGGUGUAAGUUUUUAAAGGAGAGCUCAUGGUAAAUAGAAUAAUUAUUUAAAAGAAUUUAAAUUGUUAAAUUUGGGUUGAUCAAACGUUAAUCAGAGAUCCCCUUAAACUGAUCGCUAAAGUCAAAAUAAUUUGUACCUUGAGUUUGAUGAGGAAAAUUACAUUUGUGAAUAUAGUAAAUUUAAAGUGAACAUUGUUAGGACUAGAUUAAGUAAUAUAUAUGUGGAUAUUUCAGAAGAUCACUUCAUGAAUUCCACAUUCUGUUACAAAUAGGGGUUGUAGUGUCCCAGAGAUGCUCCUGCAAAAUCAACUGAGAAAUGAGAAUGUUAAUGGCACCUACUUCAUGGGGUGAAGGGAUUAAAUGAGUUAAUCUAUACUAAUCCCCUUGUUUAAAAAUCCCUAGCACAAUAUAAGAGCUCAGUAAAUGUUGUCUAUUCCUGCUGUCAUUAUCCUUAGUGAUUCCAUUAAUUUUUUUAUUAUAACAAUAAAUACAGGCCAGUAAAAUAAUUUAGGAGUAUUAUACAAUAAAUAGUUAUCUUACUAAAAUUAGAUGUACACAAACCAGGGCUCCCUAGAUACUAUCUGGAGCUAACCACAUAUCUGCUAGUCUAGAAAAUAUCCUAGCACUAUGAGACUAUUUGCACCAAAAAUUGAUAGGAACUAUCAGUGUGGAUGGAAAAAACACCAGGCUCCCCUGCAGUGUAGGUAGAGAUAGCAGGACCCACAUUACCCAGUGGGACCCAUUUCAGUGAAACAAAUUGCAAGGAAUUAUGGAAGAGAUUAUAGAGCCUUCUGGAGAGGUAUACAUUAUGUUUCAGUGACAGCCUUCAAUUCUAGCUUAAAUUUGAUUUUUGCGUUGAUAUUCAUGUAGGUCAUUGUAUAUCUUCAACUCCUUCAGCAGUAUUUAAGAAAGAAAGGUUUCUCAGGAGCAGGGAGCUUGGGUUUUCCAAGUAUCAUCAUGGAGCUCCAGAUUUUCAAUUCCUCAAGUGGAGUGUUAAGAUGGAGGCCUGAGGACCUCCCUGGCGGCACAGUGGUUAAGAAUCCGCCUGCCAAUGCAGCGGACACGGGUUCAAGCCCAGGUCCGGGAAGAUCCCACAUGCCGUGGGACAACUAAGCUCGUGCGCUACAACUACUGAGCCUGCGUGCUGCAACUACUGAAGCCCGUGCACCUAGAGCCUGUGCUCUGCAAUAAAAGAAGCCACUGCAAUGAGAAGCCUGCACACCGCAACAAAGAGCAACCCCUGCUCCCUGCAACUAGAGAAAGCCCGCGGGCAGCAAGGAAGACCCAAUGCAGCCAAUUAAUUAAUUAAUUAAUUUUUUUUAAAAAGCGUGAAGUGGGAGGUGCUCUAAGGGGCAGUCAGUCCUUCUUUUGUCACUUCUAAGGCUGAGCUAAUAACAGCCACAGGGCCUAUUUAAUUUUCAGUUAAUUAAAAUUAAAUACAAAGGUGCAGUUUCUCAGUCACCCUAGCCACACAUGGCUAGUGGCUACCACAUUGGACAGAACAGAUAUAGAAGGUCUCCAUCAUUACAGAAAGUUCUGUUGGGUAGCUCUGGUCUAAAAUCUGAUCAUCUCUCAGGGUUAUCAGGUUCAGAAACAUAAAGUAUGCAGAGCUGCCUACCUUGGUAGAGAAAGCUCAUCAGACUCAUGCUUGAAGAAAGCACCACAUGGCCCAGCAAUUCCACCCCCAGAUACACAUGAGGACUCAGAUACCCAUACACCCAUGUCACAUUCAGAGGAGCAUUAUUUGUAACAUCCCAAAGGUGUAAAUAGCCCAAAUUUCCAUAACAGAUGAAUGGAUAAACAAAUAUGUAGUCUAUCCAUAUAGUGGAAUACUUUUCAGCCAUAAAAAGCAAUGGCACAUACAACAUGGAUGAGCCUCAAAAACAUUGUGCUAAGUUAAAGAAGCCAGACACAAAGAGUCACAUAUUGCGUGAUCCCAUUUAUAUGAAACAUCCAUAACAGGCAAAUCCAUAGAGACAGAAAGUAGAUUAGUGGUUGCCAGUGGCUGGGUGGUAGAGGGAGGAAUACAGAGUGUUCACUUUUGGGGUGAUGAAAAUGUUUCAGAGCUAGAAAGAGGUGAUUGUGAAUGUACUAAAUGUCACUGAAUUGCUCGCUUUAGAAUGGUUUAUGUUUAUGUGAAUUUCACCUUGAUUUAAAAAGAAAUGUGAAAAAAAAAAAAAAGAAAUGUGAACCUAAUACAUGGAUAUGCACUAAAAAGAAGAGGAUACUGGGUGUCUCCAUCGAUUCUACCCACUAGGUGGAGUGUGGGAUGGACAGGGGCUGGCCUGACUGCACGGUAGCGUCCCUUAGAGACCAUGUGGGAAGAGGGGCAUGGUGUCCCUUUGGGUGGCCACAGCCUUUCUGUCUGCCUGCCUCAAUGGAACUUCAAGCCCUUUCUCCAGCCCACUGCCACAUGUCACACAUUCCCUUCACCAGAAUUAUCUUGGUCAUUCUCCCCAUGUUCCUAUGAAAGAUGAAGAAAGGAGGUGGGAGAUCCCAGAGGAAGAAUGCAGCCUGGGAAGCCUCAGAAACAUCCAUGCCCACUGCAGAUAAAGUGUCCUCAGUUUCUGGAAUUCUCAGCUUAGCCUGGCCUAAGUCAAAUAGCCCACCGCACCUCUCUCCUGGGCGUGGCCUGCACCCAGCCCCUGCUGCACAUCUAGUCUCUCCUCCCUACUCUAUCAGUUCCCGUAUGUUCACCAACAUAUUCAAGAAUCUCCCAAGUGAAAAAGCAAAUGGACUCCUCCCCCUCUCCCCGAGUUUCUGUGCUCCCCCAGACCUUGGAUUAGAACUUGGAGAACUGGGUCACCUGGCUCCCAGUACCAUCGGAUCUGCGCUGAACUGAGCUGUUUUCCCCCUAUGUCACCCUGUUACAUGGCUACCCCAGCCCUGGUCAUCAGAAUCUGCCUAGUGCCCCCUCACUCCCCUACCCCCAGCCAGGGUCUUGUUUCCAUGCAUUGCUCACAAAACUUCAUGAAGGCUUUGAUUUUCUCCAGUGCAUGCCCAGCAAAAGCUCUAAAACUGCAUCCUUUCCUUUGCCCAUUCCCCUCCCUCCCACCUCCUGGUCAGCUCAGUUCUACUGCCUCCUGCACAGGUCUUGUCCUGGUGCUUCUCACCUCCCUCUCAACUUUGGACCCAGCAGCCCCUCCUGUGAGCACUGCCCUUGGGCCUCCAGGCCACCUCUAUCUCCCGCUGCCCUGUCUUCA